CUUAGUGCUGUGUUCCACCUCUCCACAUUUCGGUUUCUUGUAUUUUUCUUUUUUAAUUACCUUCCAUUUUCCUGGUUUGGGUUUUUUUCACGUGGAAUUCUGAGAGGUUUUUCUGUAUUUGCUUCGUUAGUGGGGAAAACAUAUAUCGAAAACAUGGAAAAGCGAGGACUUACAGAAGUCGAAGGAAAGGGAGAUUCAAAGGACAUUUCAGUGACUGUGAAAACAGAUUUUAUUUAACUGAUUAUAUUCAAGGAUUAAAACACAGAAACCCGUUUUUUUUCUCACUGAGUCUAAUAAUACAGCGCAGGAUUCCACUAUAAGGGAAUAUGGGGAAACAUCCUGCAGUCCUUUCAAAUUGAAAAUUCUCACUAGUAUCGAGUGGAAUAUCGUUUUUAGAGAUGGAUACGAUGAAGGAUCGAGUUUUGGCCCCCGGGAAGGAGAGAUUGAUGAAUCUGGCGGGGAAAACCCUCGGACACAUGCACAGGGUGAUGGAGAAGAAGCAGAAUACGGGUGAGGUUAUCGAGUUGACGGAAGAUGGGCGGCCCGCGCAGAUCCAGGAGAAAAAACCGCCUCUGUGCGACUGCACGUGCUUCGGGCUCCCGCGCCGGUAUAUCAUCGCCAUCAUGAGCGGCCUCGGCUUCUGUAUAUCGUUCGGGAUCCGCUGUAACCUCGGAGUCGCGAUCGUCGGCAUGGUCAACAACAGCACCAUUCACAGAGGAGGCAAGAUCAUCAUAAAAGAGAAAGCUAAAUUUAACUGGGACCCUGAGACGGUGGGAAUGAUCCACGGCUCGUUUUUCUGGGGUUAUAUAGUGACACAGAUUCCAGGAGGUUAUAUAUCCUCACGACUGGCUGCCAACAGGGUGUUUGGUGCUGCUAUCUUUCUUACAUCAACACUCAACAUGUUCAUCCCGUCUGCUGCACGUGCACACUACGGCUGUGUCAUCUUCGUGAGAAUUCUGCAGGGCCUUGUUGAAGGUGUGACCUAUCCAGCAUGCCAUGGGAUUUGGAGCAAGUGGGCUCCACCCCUGGAGAGAAGUCGCUUAGCAACCACCGCUUUUUGUGGUUCAUAUGCUGGUGCUGUGGUUGCCAUGCCAUUGGCUGGAAUAUUAGUGCAAUACUCAGGCUGGUCUUCUGUCUUCUAUAUCUAUGGUUGUUUCGGGAUCAUUUGGUACAUGUUUUGGAUUCUGGUGUCGUAUGAGAGUCCAGCAGAUCAUCCAACCAUUACAGAUGAAGAGAGAAUUUACAUAGAAGAGAGUAUUGGAGAAAGUGCCAAACUACUUGGGGCAGCUGAGAAAUUCAAGACGCCCUGGAGAAAGUUCUUCACCUCUAUGCCAGUCUAUGCAAUCAUUGUGGCUAAUUUCUGCAGGAGCUGGACCUUCUAUCUGCUGCUCAUCAGUCAGCCUGCAUACUUUGAGGAAGUGUUUGGCUUUGAAAUCAGUAAGGUUGGUAUGCUUUCUGCUCUACCCCAUCUGGUCAUGACCAUUAUUGUGCCAAUUGGUGGUCAAUUGGCUGACUUCCUCCGUAGUAAAAACAUCUUGUCCACCACCAACGUCAGGAAAAUCAUGAACUGCGGAGGGUUUGGGAUGGAAGCCACUCUUCUGUUGGUGGUUGGUUUCUCACAGAGUAAAGGGGUGGCCAUCUCUUUUCUGGUGCUAGCGGUUGGGUUUAGCGGCUUUGCCAUAUCAGGUUUUAAUGUCAACCACCUGGAUAUUGCACCAAGGUAUGCCAGUAUACUCAUGGGCAUUUCUAAUGGAGUGGGCACUUUGUCUGGCAUGGUAUGCCCUCUCAUUGUAGGUGCCAUGACAAAAAAUAAGACCCGUGGGGAGUGGCAGAAUGUGUUCCUGAUCGCCUCACUGGUGCAUUACGGUGGUGUGGUGUUCUACGGGAUUUUUGCAUCUGGAGAGAAGCAGCCGUGGGCUGAUCCAGAGGAGACCAGCGAGGAGAAGUGUGGCUUUGUCGAUGAAGACGAGUUAGCGGAGGAGACCGGUGACAUCUCAUUGAGUCACACUCUUUUUGGAGGCCAGAGCACUAUUGCGGGUCCCGCCAAAACAUAUGGGGCCACAACACAGCUGAACGGAGGAUGGGUGAAAACCUGGGAGAAAACCGAAGAAUAUGUCCAGGAGGAAGCCGAGCAUUCAUAUACAGGAGACCGGUACUCGUAGAUAAACCAUUCAGAAUGAUUCAUCAUAUGAAAUAUAUAUUAAAAAAAAUAUAGUAGAGAUAUUGAGCAAGAACAGUGGUAAUGUUGCUAUACCAUAUAAAAAUAACUGUGGGAGUGAGAGACAUCUUUGAAUGGAGAAGAUAUUUAGAGAAAAUUGUGAAUUCAGAGAGCAACAUUACAACAAGAAAAUAUUGCUAAUUAUAAAGAAAUCAUUUUCAGAAGUAUAGUAAUAAUUUAUAAGGCUAAAUCUGUUUAAAGACUACAUAAAUAUUUCUUUAAAAAGUAAAGAUAUUUAUGUUCAAAUAUUACUGUGGUUUACAGCAUUUAAUCAACUGAAAAUAUUUAAUAACGCACACAUAUCUGUAUUCAAGGCACAUGUCUUGGCGUAUUUUCAAGCUUAGACCAGUUUUGCUUUAGUUUAGUGUUGUCUACUGCGUAAAUUUAGUAGAUGAGUAGUUUUUGAGUUUUAACAAGUCAAAACCUAUUAGAGUAAGACUAGGUUAGAUAAGAGUAGGUUAAAUUGUAGUUUUGUUCAAAAGAAACAAGUGUUUCACAUGGACGUUUUUUUGCUCCUCUGGUUUUCAGAGCUCUUGCCAUUGACCUUAAAGAAAAUAUGCAAAAUGUGGGUUAUGUAUCUAUAUUAUAUAAACUUAAAAGCUACAAAGAGUGCUGUUUAACAUUAUGUACAUUAAUAUUAACAGGUCUAUAUUAUUAACCGGUCCUUUAUAUUGAACCUAAACCUAGAAAACAGAGGAAAUAGAACAAUUGUACAUGGUUCAGAGAGAAUAUAAAAUAGCACAAACAUAAUAUAUCUGAUAUAUCUGAAAACUGAUGUGUGUUCAAAUAAGUGUGAAAUAUAUUGAUGAACAUUUAAAUGUACUAAAAGUACACUUGAUAUUUUUUAAAGAGCAAUCUUGUAUAAACUGUGGCACAAAACAAAUUGUAUUCAACUAUUUACAGCGACAGUAUAUUCAAGUGUGUGUUACUUUAUUGCUUGGCAACACAGUUCUGUAUUUUCAGUGGUAUUAAGCUGAUCUUCAUUUAAACGUUUCAUUUCCGCAGCAUAUAAUGACAAACCUGAUAUUUUCUAAUAUACCUUGAAUGCACUGACCUGUUAUUCCAUGAAAAAAAAAGUUGUCUCUAUCCUAAGUAUGUGUUUUACAUAGUUUUAUCGUUUCUGUGAGACAGUCAGUGAUUGCUGUGCUUAUUGUUCUUAUUGGGCCAUUUUUAUCCACGACUGUCAGUGUGGAAGUCCGUUUUGGGACGUAUAUUGUGAUAUCAAAGAGAGCAUUUCAUAUGGUCAAAUCCUGUGUAAGAAUUUGUUGAUCACUGUAACUGUUGCCAUGCAAAAUUAAUAUAAUGUGUUUGAAAUUGUAAAUGGGUGAAUCUCACACAACCUGUCAAGGAAAUGCAUGGGUCAUGUUUCACCUCAAAAUCAAAAGAAAAAAAUUAGAAAUGUUGUUUUGCAUUAAUAAAAUUCUAAUAGAGUGGGCACUCUGUCUGGCAUGGUAUGCCCUCUCAUUGUAGGUGCCAUGACAAAAAAUAAAAUAAGUUAUUUUGAUUUCAUUGUAAAAUGUACUUUUGGGACUAUCGAUUCCAAAUCUUGGCUAUAUACAUAAUAUCAUACAACUAUUUCUGAAAGCGUUAAGAACAUUUUAUAAUACUUUCAUAAUUUGCAUUACAGUAACCAAAACCAAUAAAAGGUCUCAUUCCCAUCUCUGCAAUCUGAAGAAUAAUGGUAAUGUAACUUAUUGUGGAUAAAAAAAGCAUGAUUAUUAGGAUUCUAAUAAUUGUAUUUCUCAUUACAUAAUUAAAAAAAGUCUCAUUCUUUUUACUGUAACUGAGACCAAAAUGAUGAUGUUAUUUAAAUUGUUACUUAUGUAUACAUCAUGGUUGUAUUUUUUGUCUUCCAUUUUUUGUCUUGAAUUAUGCUGAAAACACUUAUUGCAGUAAUUUCUUACUGUAAUGCGUUAAAAUAAGUACUGUUUUACAGUAAUAAGAAGCACAAUUGAAUAUAAUUAAAUAAAAAAAAUAUCAAGUAAAACAUCCAAAUGUUUAAAAAAAACAUAAAAAGCAAUUUGAUUUGAUGGUGAAACUCAUUUUGGUUAAAGAACAUAAAGCCAUUUUUACCGUAAUGCAAAAAGUUGCAUUCUAAUUACUGUAAUGGGAAGAAAAUAAUUUUAAUACAUUUUUAUUGUUUUUUUUUUUUGUAAUGCCUUUUUAAUUUAAUUAUACUGAAAAAGGCAUUGUAUAACAGUAUGUAUACUGUAAUAAAGUAAAAACUACUCAUGCCACAUUGAUCAAAUUGAGACAAUUUUACUUUAAACAAAAUAUACUUUCUUAUUGCUUUUCAUUUUUCUUUUGAAUUUGGGGUGAGACUUGGACAUGCUUAUUGUGUUAUUUACCCUUAUACUGAUUCAUUCCUUACACAAACCAGCAUGUUGUUUUUAGUUAACCAGCACUUAUCUAAGACGAUUUGUCAAAGUCUUAAACAGUUCCUGCAACAAACCAAAAAAAAAAAACUUAUUACAAACAUGUACUGCAAUAAUUUAAUGGUAACAUCUACUGUUUUGCUAUAAUCAACAUCUGAAUCAUUCAAAUUUUGUCAGAAUGUUUGCAAAAGUCUGAUUGAAACUUCAAAUUUAGCUUAAAAUCAAGUCUAAUGUUUGUUCUUCAUAGAUACAUGGACAUGUUCAGAAACUGGAAAAAGUUGUUACAAAACUCAACUGGAUGUAUAGAUGUUUUCUUGUUUUAUGCAUUAUCUGAUGAAUGUAUCACAGAUUGAAGCCCUAUUGAUGGCCUAUUACCUGAGAUUAAAGUGCACAAGUGAUUGUUAUAUUCUAUUGUUGUGUCAAACAGAGCGAUUUCUUGAUGUCAUAAGUAUAAUACUGUAUGAAUUGCUCACUGUCAUUUUUUAUAAUAAUAAAAAGACUAUGAUUUUCAGACUGGUGGACCAAAUAUUUAGAGGCAUUUUUCUGUUUUUGAAAAGAUAAAAGUUGUAUGUUCUUUAAAGAGUGUGAUGAUUAUUUUAGCAUGAUAUAUUCAUUAAAACAAUCCUGGGUAUUGAUUUGAAAUUUUUGUGUCCCUGUUGU